AACUCAAUUUUGAAUUUUUGCUCGCUAAUGUUGUUACUGAACCUUCCUUCAUGAAAUGGCUGCUGGUGGAACUUGCCUCGGUAGUACGUCGGCCGAUGAUAGUGAAGCGGUGCUGGUGAUUGUGAUGAUGCAUUCAAAUGUGUUGGUGCAGUAUACAGCCUAGAGUGCAGUUGCAGCAGCUUCCGAGCGCACGGGAGAAAUCAGGAUUAUCGCCACCCUGACUGACUCCAUCCUUGCCGGGAAAGUUCAGCUGAAGCAUUUUUCGUACCAGUCGACUGACGUUCGCGCCACGAUGGUUCAACUGUAAAAAGUUUUGCUUUUCUGCGCUUUCGGUGGUAAUCGUAGAUGUGCACUCAUGGGACUGCCAAAGUGUGAAAUAAUUACUAAGCUACAUGUACAUACAUAGUUGACAUAUGAAAUCCAUUGCAUUAGGUUCCAAAAGCUAGUGAAACUGACGUUUGGUAAUUGGAAAUCAAAUUAAGAGGGAUACACACCAUCCUGCUAUCAUUAAAACGUAAAAGCUAGGAAAGUUUUAGACUUCAAAUUAAGUGACUUCAGAAAGUUGUAAUUAGUGGCUUUUGUGUAUAAGUGGAGAAAAAAGUUUCAGCAGAGCUCAUAGUGUUACGAAAACCAGCGGAGCACCAUAAUGUCGUGCAGUUAUUCCAGACGGAAGCAGUAGAGACUGCCGGCUCCCAUCUUCGCUGUUCAUCAUAUGAUUUUACCAGAGCCGAGCAAAAAUGGAUGUACAUGGCCUGCUGAAGGUUGUUUGCUUGCUGUAUAUUAUGAGAGGCGUCAUUCUGUUGGAUCUUCAGGGACCGAUGUUUCUCAGUGAACCGCAGCACCGAGUGGAGUUUUCGAAUAACACCGGUGGCCACAUCGAGUGCUCGGGUCAUGGGAGCCCUCCACCAGACGUGGAAUGGUCGGUAGCGACAACCAACCACGAAUUGGUGUACUCAUCACCGAACGGAAGUCUGAUUUUUUACCCCUUCUCGGCGGACAAGUUUCGGCACGAGAUCCACUCCACAGUGUAUAGAUGUAAAUUAAAAAACUUAGUCGGUACUAUUUUAAGCCGCGAAGUGCACGUGAAAGGAGUCGUUAAUCAGAAGUAUAAUGUGCAAGUACAUGACGAAUAUGUCAUGACGGGAAAUACCGCGGUCCUGAAAUGUCAGGUGCCCAGCUAUAUUCAGGACUACGUAGUUGUAACAGCCUGGGUGCAGGAUACCGGUGUGCAUCUGUAUCCUAACACCGACAUCGGUGGCAAGUACAUCGUACUGUCGAAUGGCGAUCUGUACAUAAACAACGCUGGACCAAGUGAUGCGUAUAAAACGUACUCUUGCAGAACUGUAAAUAGACUAACAGAAGAAAUACAACUUUCGACAUAUCCAGGUAGAGUGAUAGUGACUGAGCCGAAAGGACUAGUACAACCUAGAAUUAAUGUAGAGAAACAUUCACUCAAGCACGUGGUUGUGAAUGCCCACGUGACGCUGCCUUGCGUGGCCCAAGGCCACCCGGUGCCAACGUAUCGCUGGUUCAAGGAGGUUAAGGACCAGAUUAUCCCGCUGCAGUUGAACGAGCGGAUUAGCAUAGUUUCGGCGGGGCUACUCAAAAUAGCUAAAGCCCGUCUGGAGGACAGCGGGAAGUACCUCUGCUGGGUGAACAACACGGCCGGCGAGGAGACAAUCCAGGUGACGUUGACCGUUACCGCACCAUUAUCAGCACACCUGCAGCCGCAAGUACAAACCGUAGAUGUUAGUAAGGAUGCACAAUUCCAGUGCAUAAUCUCGGGGUUUCCCGCUCACGAAGUGCUGUGGAUGCACAACGGAAAGCCAAUCGUACGUGACAGUCGGAUAGAAAUCUAUACCGACACGCCGCGAAUCGUGAUCAAAAAUGUUCAGAAGGAAGACCAGGGCAUGUAUCAGUGUUUUGUGUCCAACGAGUGGGAGCAAAUUCAGAGUACAGCCGAACUACAACUAGGAGAUGCGACACCGGAGCUACUUUAUUGGUUUUCGGAGCAAACUCUGCAGCCAGGUCCGACUGUUUCGUUAAAGUGCGUUGGGACUGGAAAUCCUCCACCGCAAUUUACCUGGAAGCUGGAUGGUUUUCCGAUACCGGAUAACUCCCGCUUCGUAGUUGGCCAAUAUGUAACAAUACACGACGACGUAAUCAGCCAUGUAAAUAUUUCUAACGUAAAGGAAGAGGAUGGUGGCGAGUACACUUGUGUGGCUCAGAAUAGCAUAGGAAGGGUCUCUCACAGCGCCAAGGUGAACGUCUACGGGCUACCAUACAUACGUGAGAUGCCUAAAAUAACCGGCGUGUCCGGUAGCGAUUUGGUGGUGAAAUGUCCCGUAGCGGGAUAUCCAAUCGAUAAAAUACACUGGGAACGUGACGGUCAAACACUGCCCAUUAAUCGUCGCCAGCGAGCGUACAACAACGGAACGCUAAUAAUCGAACAAUUGCAGCGGACGGAAGACGCCGGGACCUACACGUGUAUGGCGCAGAACAAACAGAAACAAACGGCCCGGCGGAAUGUCGAGAUACAAGUAAUAGUGCCUCCAAAGAUAAUGCCCAUUCAGUCCAUGACGAACAUGUUGAGGGAAGGGAUGCGGGCUGCCAUAUCGUGCCAAAUACUGGAAGGAGACCUUCCGGUAACAUUUCGUUGGGAACGCAAUGGGAAACCAAUUAUUGGUACCGGAAACGAAGUAAUACGGCGGCUCGAUGAAUACUCUGCCAGUCUAGUAGUUGAACAUAUCACGUCCGAAUAUUCGGGGAAUUAUACUUGCAUUGCCAGUAAUGUGGCAGGAAGCGAAAGCUUCACCGUGCCUGUGACGGUGAACGUACCACCGAAGUGGAUCCUGGAGCCCAAGGAUUCCAGCGCUCAAGCGGGUCAGGACAUUGCUUUGCACUGCCAAGCUGGCGGCCACCCAAAACCGACAAUCGCGUGGAAGAAAGCCAUCGGCAGCACCCCGGGAGAAUAUAAGGAUUUUUUAUACGAACCGAACGUAUCGUUGCACGCAAAUGGAACGCUGGAAUUUCGAAAAAUCACCAAAGAAUCACAGGGGCAUUUUUUGUGUGAAGCGAAAAACUCCAUCGGAACCGGAGUCAGCAAAGUUAUUUUUCUCAAAGUUAAUGUACCUGCCCAUUUUAAUACGAAAAGUAAGCAAAUCACAUCCCCACGCAACAAACAAAUCCAUAUCCAAUGCAACGUACAAGGCGAUAACCCCAUCGAUAUCAAAUGGAAACUACAGAACUCACAGCAACACAUCGACGAAUCACUGGACAACCGGUAUAACAUCCGGGAGCAAGUACUGGAUGACGGUAUGGUAUCGGAGCUGGGCAUAUCUCAUACCUAUCGCCAGGACACGGGAGUGUACGUUUGCCAUGCAACGAACGCAUUUGGACACGACGAAAUGUCAAUCCAGUUGGUUAUCCAAGAGGUUCCCGAGCCUCCCAAGAACCUGCGGAUAAAUUCACAGCAAUCGAGAACACUCCAACUGUCCUGGAGUCAACCAUUCGCAGGAAACAGCCCCAUCGAGAAGUACAACGUUGAAUAUAAGCUCACAACAGAAUUGUGGCAAUCGGCCGAACACAUUACAGUAGCAGGGACGCAAACCGUCAUUACGUUACAAAAUCUCAAACCAGCGAAAGCAUAUCAUAUACGAAUAUCUGCCGAGAACAAACUGGGCGCUUCUGAAUAUUCGGAAGUGAUCCAAGUAACAACUUUAGAAGAAGUGCCUUCCGGUCCACCGUUGAACAUCAAGGGUGAAUCGAAAAGUUCCACCGAAAUAUUUCUCUCGUGGGAAGCUCCUGAUCGAGAGCAAUGGAAUGGUAAUCUGCUGGGUUACUACGUGGGGUACCAGGAAGCAUCCGGCCCUAACGAUAAGGAAAUGAAACCAACACAAGGCUAUAAUUUUAAAACCGUUGAAGUAAGAACGCACUUUGGAGGUGAAACGACUCUCACAAACCUGAACAAGUGCACGCAGUACAACAUCGUGGUUCAAGCCUACACCAGCCAAGGAAGUGGACCUCCCAGCAAGGAGAUAUCGAUUGGCACACUGGAGGAUGUGCCUUCGACUCCUCCCGACAGCCCAAAGUGCGAUGUCCUGAGCUCAACGUCCAUCUACAUUACGUGGUCUCCACCGGCAGCAGAGGGACAGAACGGGAAGAUUCGGGGCUACAAAGUGUCCUACAUCGAAAUAGAAGAUCUUUUUGAGAAAGAACCAUAUGUUACAAAAACCAACAACCAAUACAUGACUUUGGAGAACUUGAAAAAGUUCACCAACUACACUUUCUGGGUGCUGGCUUUCACGAAGGUCGGUGAUGGCGUUCGGACCACUUCCUUUUUUUGUACUACUCAUGAAGAUGUUCCUUCUGCGCCAAAAGCCAUCAAAGCAGUUCCUGCCUCAAGCACAAAGAUAAUCAUUUCCUGGCUUCCCCCGGCGAAUAAAAACGGCAUAAUCACCGGCUAUACAUUCUACAUGGCGCUCGUAGAUGGCGGCCGAGAUGAAGGAACCCACAAACGAUCGUUGGUACCGUAUGCGGAGAUACAUGAAACUGUUCGGUUACAGGAACAUGGCACGUAUCAAUUCUGGUUGACGGCAUCCACGAAAGUGGGCGAAGGUGAAAAGUCGGAAGUGAUCACAGUUCCUCCCAACAACAAAGUUCCUGCCCGGAUUGUGUCGUUCAGUCAGGAGAUUGUUACACCCUGGAAGGAAACGCUAGUUUUGCCAUGCAGAAAGGUUGGUGUUCCGGCGCCGGUUACAAUCUGGCGACAAGACGAUCAGCCAAUGGAGACUGGGACGAGAAAGCUGAUUGCCAAGAAUGGAACCCUCUACAUAAAAGACUGUCAGCAUUCAGAUGCUGGAAACUAUACUUGCAGCGUGGAGAACAACUGGGGUAGAGAUGAAAUAGUUUAUCAUAUUAAGAUUAAGGUUCCUCCGGAUCCACCAAGCUUAUCGGUUAUCAACACCUACACAGACAGUUUACUGCUCGAAUGGUUGGACAACCGUCACGGAGGUUCUCCAAUACUGGGCUAUGUGAUAAAUUACAAACGAGAGCACGGUGAUUGGGAGGAAAUCCAAAUAGAUUCUAAAACUAACACUCACCUGCUGGUGAAUUUGUGGUGCGGUACAAAAUAUCAGCUGUACAUUACGGCCUACAACAAAAUCGGAACCGGUCUUCCAUGUGACAUUGUGCAUUCACAAACUAAGGGAUUGCCCCCGGUGCAGCCAAAACACUCUCAAAUGAUUACCAAUAAUUCAACCAGCGUUACCUGCUGGUUGGACUCGUGGGGAGACGGAGGCUGUGGAAUCUCCCAUUUUUCUGUUGAAAACCGGGUGUACGGAAGAUCGCAAUGGAAUAUGAUCUCGAAUCAUGUCGAAGCAACGGAACGGAUUUUUACGGUGUCUGAGCUAGUGCCGGCUACCAAAUAUCAACUACGAGUGACCGCCUACAACAACGCCGGUGCAACGAUGGCGGUUUAUAAUUACACCACACUGACCGUUGCUGGAGUGAUUGUCCAUCCUGAUUUAACGAAUCCGGUUUCACCACACUUGGGAGACAACCCAUUCUACGCAAACUUCAAGGUUCUGGUGCCUCUGUGCCUAUCAAUUUUGAUCCUUUUCGCACUGAUAGCAGCCGCGCUACUCAUCCGGAAAAAAAAGCUCAACAACCAAAAUCGAAUACCGUCGACGUCGAUGUCAGAGUCCCCGUCGAUUGCCAAUGUCCAAAAUAAGCAAAACCGGGACCAACAGUAUCUGGCGGUGCGCGCUCAGCAAAACAGCCGCAACAGCAACUCUGUCGAUUCCGGUAGCUUCAAAGCCGAAGGAAACGAAUACAUUGAAGACAUUUGCCCGUAUGCAACAUUUCAGCUGAACAAGCAAACGUACAGCGAAAGUUCAUACAGUGGAAAUGUUUACAGUGGACCCUAUCACUCGGUAAGAGGAUCAUUUGUGUAUCAUGAUGUAAAAACCGAAAACUAUCAUAACAAAGAACCCGAAUAUACCAAAGUACGCAGAAAGGGCGGAUCUCGACUGAGGGAUCCGACCACCUCGGAGCCGAUAGAAUAUGAUACGCUUGGUUCCGAGUCCGACAACGACAUGGCCUCGCGUUCUAACCAGUCCAACUACCGACACCACAGAGACACUCAAGACGAAACUUCUUCGUCUUCCGAAAAUUCACCUUCUAGUAUAUCUAGAAAGGCGAAACCACCGUACCCGCCACGAAAGUCAGCCAAAUCGUCGCAGAACCUGGCUAAGCGUCACGUCCGGAGUUCGAGCGGCUAUUCGAGUCACAACGAGGAGACAACGUUUAGUAUAUCUAACUAUCCAAAUUAUUCCGAUCAUAUAACGCCCCCAGCCAGGUUCUCCGAUAUCCUCGGGCGGGACGCCACGCUGGCCGUCUCGUCCGUGAAUCCCUCCGGGCUGGUGGGCAGUGCCAGCGAGCUCACUAGUACGAAAAAGUCGAGCAAUCACUCGCCACGACCACGUGCCAAUCAGAAGCUUCAGCGAGAAGCGUUCCAAAUCAAUGUGUGAUGGGAUUGCUUCAGCGACUUUCAGGAGUUUUAGUCGACACCAUCAGCCAUCUUCAUCCCAUCCAACCAUUAACGGUCACCAAUAAUGGGGGGAACGAACUGCUAUGGGUGUUGUUCAUCCCCGCACUCAUCAACAAACUCAUUCGUUUAGGGGUAGGAGAGAGGUCCCGAAGUCGAAUACCAUUAUUAGAUAAAUCACUAGGUGAAUUUAUGUCGGUUAUGUUGUUCUGUAGCAGAACUUUUGUUACACUUUUGAUCGUCUAAUUUCGCAUUUUAAAAAAGCAAUCCAUAUUGCAGUAGUUCAGUGAAGAAAAAUGUCAAGAAUCAUGUAUAUCAUUUAAAAAAACAAUCUCCGAAUAAUUGAGGAUUUUAAUCCUCUUCUUCCCCACAAUUUAUGCAAACAAAUAUUGUCUAACGGUGAAAUUUAUUGUCUUUAAUGACAAACUCUGAGACCCUAAAGUUUGAUUUAUUUGUCGGCAUAUGAUUUGAUUACGGUUCCACGAUAAGGAUGUGGCCUACACAAUAUUCCCUCAUAUUCAAGUCCAUUUUUUUUGUAUCGACAUGUUGUACUAACUGAAAGAAAAUAUUGUGAUAGCAUUCAGUUGCAACGAUCAGAAUAGUCUGGAUUUACUUCGAAUAGAAAAAGACGUAUAGUUAAACUGAGAACAAUCAGAUAAUUUUAUUUUAAAGUGAUAACUUCGAUAGAACAUUCAUCAUUUUUCAGAGAUAUGUUUAUCACCCCUUUUCGGAUGUCAACUCAACAUUUCGUAAAAUAUGGUAAACUAUGCGUGGCUAGGUGUACCUUUCGAUCACCUCACGUUCGUCCGUCAAGAUGAUCUCAUCAUUUAGUGUGCCACGUUCUGCCGGACUCGCUGCAGCAUGACCGCUCACGAUACGCCCUUCUCCAUCAUAAUCUGUCUACACUCCUCGUCGAACCAAACGUUAUGUCGCCUUCAUCACACAUAUGGGCUCUCAUCUGCGUCGCGUCAUUAUAGGCCGAUUGGACUGUACUCCUACAGUCUAUCAAGCUCACCCGCUUCCGGUAACGCUGUCUUAAGAUUAUAUGCGUAGUGGCGAUACUCGGUUGCUUCAAAUCAGUACCGAACAUAGUUUCUGACGGAUAAACUGGGUGCAAUUUAACUACCCUAGAUAAUGAUUGGAGUCGUCGUUAGUGCCACGAAAAUGACGUCGAUAAUGGCGAAAAAGGGUCGUCUCUCAACUGUCGAUUUUGUGAUUUUCAAGUGUACCGAUAAGAAAUUUUAUUUAUUAUCAGACUAAGGCCGGAGUGGUCUGUGCAGUGCAUAAAAGUCUUCUCUAUUCAGCUCGGUUCAUGGUUGCACGU